GGUGUAUAAACUGGCGGCGUGGCACCAGACUCGCCCUGCCAGUGCCUCACAACACCUGGAGGAGGGAGGAACAACCCCCAGUCCUACCUGAUAUACCUGUAGUGCCCCUACUCGUCGCCUCCCGGAGCUCACUCAACCCCCACCCCUAACCUCCUCCACCUCGACCAACCCCCUCAACCCUACACCACACCACCGCCACCAUGCCUGGACCAACUGAAGAACUUGACGAGGAGAAGAUGGCAAUGCUGCGUAAGGCAUUCGCUAUGUUCGACAGCGGCAAGACUGGCAAGAUAGAGAAGGAGAAAAUCAGGACCAUCCUUAACACUCUCGGGGCUAACUACAUCAACGAGGAGCUGGAGGCGUUACUAGUUGAUAACGACCUCGACGGCACUGGGAAGCUUGAUUUUGAUUCGUUCGUCCGAGUGGUGGGCCACUUUCUGGAAGAGCAGGACGAGGAGGCGAUGCAGAAAGAGUUGAAAGAGGCAUUCAGACUGUACGAUAAAGAAGGCAAUGGAUUUAUACCGAUUGCAGCGCUGAAAGAGAUCCUGGGCGCCCUCGACGACAAACUCUCCAGCGCUGACCUGGACAAUAUAGUCGAGGAGAUUGACGAGGACGGCUCCGGCACCGUUGAUUUUGACGAGUUUAUGGAGAUGAUGACAGGCGACUAGUCCAGCAGGUGGAGUCCUCUGGUGGCCUCGCGGCGCACUAAUACCCGGGACCACCCCCCACCAACAGCCUCCCGUCCUCUCUCUCUCUCUCUCCCCCACCUCUCACCCACUCUCCUUUCCCUGCUGCUCUCUCCCCCCUACUCCUUCUCCCUCCUCCCCCUCCUCUUUAACCUUCCUUCUACUUCCAAGCUGUUCUCUCCUCCUCCCCCCCCCCACCUCUCCCUCCCGCCCUACCCAACUCUUCCCUUCCUAUUUCCUUCCUCCCGCCUCUCACCCGCGCCUCGUUAACUAUGUGUAUACACUGGGUUACGCAACUCUUAAUAUUAUUUGGAAGUCAAAUAUUUUGUCCCACGGCGUUUAUAUUUAAUUUAUGUUUGAGUUUGUCACCAAAAAAUAUCACGGGGAGGGGAGGAGGGGUCUGGGUUUCUGUUUGUCUGUCCUCGCGAAUUAAUGAAUAAGGUUUUUAAGUAAUUUCUUGUUUAUUUAUGUACCUUGAACCAUCUCUUCCCCUCACCUGCUUAAAACAUUUCUCGUUUAGUACAAAAUAAAGAAAACUAAUGAAGAAUAACUACAGGUGCAUGUGAAGUAGUUAAUAGAACACUAAACAUAACUAAGACUCCUGAUUCUCGGAUAAACACUAAGAACUGUCAUGAAAUAUACUGUAAUAUCCAUAUAAGCUGUAACACUCCCGGGUACUGCCAGGAUUGUAACUUUAACUGAGCACCAAGAAGAGGAAAGAUAAUCAAGUGUACAAAGCGUGAAAAUACCAAUAAAGAUCACCCAAAACCAAGCAUAAACACCUGUAGGAGCCUCACACCUGCACAACACCUGUAGGAGCCUAACAGCUGCACAACACCUGUAGAAGCCUAACACCUGCAUAACACCUGUAGGAGCCUAACAUCCUGCACAACACCUAUAGGAGCCUAACACCUGCACAACACCUGUAGGAGCCUAACACCUACAGAACACCUGUAGGAGCCUAACAUCUGCAGAACACCUGUAGGAGCCUAACACCUCUCACAACACCUGUAGGAGCCUAACACAUGCAUAACACCUGUAGGAACCAAACAGCUGCACAACACCUGUAGGAGCCUAACAAAUGCACAACACCUAGAGGUGUUUAACACCUGCACAAUACCUGUAGGAGCCUAACACCUGCACAACACCUGUAGGAGUCUUACAGUUGAACAAUAGCUGUAUGAGCCUAACAGCUGCAUAACACCUGUAGGAGCCUAACACCUGCACAACACCUGUAAUCAACACAUUCGGUCACUAUAUAAACACGUAUUCUUAAACACCGUUGUGAUAUACCAUCCAACAUACUCUAGAUAUACUUCACGAAGACAAUCAAAUAUAACGUAUACCGCGUUAAUUAUACCAUAAGAGUAGAUAAAUCAUACUUUUACGCUAUAUAAUUAAAGCAAUGGCUAUACGCGAUUAUAGACAUGUACCAAAAACUCAACACCAUUUUCUCUUUUAUGAGUUCUUAAAUGUCUAAUAAUUUGUAUGUUAUUUACCAUCAGGUAAUUCUGUAUCCAUAUUUAUUUUAAGAUAAAACAUUUAUAUUUAUUACUUAUGUUGUACCUACGACUUUUUAUCUUCCGGGUCAUAUUUAUAUAAUUUCUCAUAAACCUGGGUUAAUAGUAAUUACUUUGAGCCAUGUGUAUAACGAAUGUCAACUAUGGCUUGCUAUUGUAUGCAUCACAGCACAGCAUAAGCACAGCAACUCUCUUAUUAACAGCGCCCAGGGACUCAAAAACCACCUGGCCUGUAAAAUAAUUAUGAUAUGCUUCAAGAGUUUCUCGAAGGAUUAUUUUUUUUUUGUAAAUUGUUAUUUUCCGCACUUGAAUAAUAAACACUGCAAUUUGCA